AUGAGACCGAUUCAACUAUUGUUCGCCAUCACCACCUCCGCCAUUUCAACAACCGGGGCCAUCUCCUUGGCCAAAAGACAGGAUGGCGGUGACCCACGCGUAUUGAGCCUCGACUUGCAACGCACCAAGAUCCAAGAUCCCGUUACCCAUGACAGGAAUCGCAUGCGACGGCGUAGUGGUUCGAUCGAUGUCGACGUCGACAACGAGGAAACCCUCUACUUCUUCAACGCCACUUUGGGCACCCCGAACCAGAGCUUCCGCUUACAUCUGGACACGGGCAGCAGUGACCUAUGGGUCAACACCCUAGACUCGACCCUUUGUUCUACACGCUCGAACCUCUGUGCACAAUCGGGGACUUAUAGUGCAAACGACUCAUCCACGUACGAGUACGUCGGCAGCUAUUUCAACAUAUCCUAUGCCGACGGGUCCGGUGCUGCUGGGGACUAUGUUACCGAUACCUUCCGUGUAGGGGAUACCAAAAUCACCAACUUACAAUUCGGCAUCGGAUACGAAAGCUCAUCCGAUCAGGGUGUCCUUGGUAUUGGCUACACUUCCAAUGAGGUCCAAGUCGGUCGAGCUGGCAAAAGUGCUUACAACAACCUGCCGGCUAAGAUGGCUGCCGACGGACUGAUUGCGUCCAACGCCUACAGUCUGUGGCUCAACGACCUUGACUCGGCGACAGGCACCAUUCUCUUCGGCGGCGUCGAUCGCGCACAAUAUGAAGGCGAUUUGGUUUCGGUGCCCAUACAGAAGAACGGCGGCGAGUACGACGACUUCUUCAUCACCCUCACUAGCCUCAGCAUUGGGUCAACCACCCUCGACGACAACCUCGCCCUCGCUGUCCUGCUCGACACGGGCUCUUCUUUGACGUAUCUCCCCCAAAGCAUUACCGACAAAAUAUUCACCGAGGUGGGUGCCGAAUACCAACAAUCGGACGGCAUCGCUUAUGUUGCCUGCUCUCUCGGGUCAGAGACGGGAAAUCUGACCUUCAAAUUCAGCGACCCAGCGGAGAUUGUCGUCCCUAUCAGCGAAAUGGUCAUCGACGUCCUUCAAGUUACGGGCCAACAGCUCUCUUUCAGCGAUGGCACGGCUGCCUGCAUGUUCGGCAUCUCCCCAUCCUCCGGGACCAACAUUCUAGGUGACACGUUCCUCAGGAGCGCGUUCGUUGUGUUCGACCUAGAUAACAACGAGAUAUCGCUAGCCCAAAGCAAGUUCAACGUCACCAAGACGGACAUUGUCGAGAUUGGCUCAGGUACAAAUGCUGUGCCCUCAGCGACUGCCGCACAAAACCCCGUGUCUGCUGAGUCGGGCCUGGCAUCCGGGUCCGACGCCGGGUCUGACACCGGGUCCGACACUGGGUCUGGAGCCUCAGCAAUCUCUCCUUCUAUCUCAGGUUCGGUAUGGAUAGGUGUUGUGACGCUGAUCUUUGUGUUCGUGGGGUCUCUAGCCUAG